AAAAGAAAAGAUUUGUUUGAUCAAACUAGAGCUACUGCAUGUUAUUACACAUGUAACGUCCUGCUUUUACCUUUAAACUCGCAAGUUUGAUAGAAAUGGCUUCUCAAGAAGAUGCAGCAACACCUAGGAGGAAAAGAAGUAAGAGUCCACCUCCCACAAUGUCUGAGCUGAGGAUCGUUCUGUUGGGGAAGAGACUCCAACACACCAGCAUGGUAGGAAAUUUUAUACUGGGAAGAGCUGCAUUUGAGACUGAAGCUCCUCCAGAUUCAGUAAAGCAGCUCUGUGAGAGGGCCAGUGGACAUGUGGAAGGAACGUACAUCACCAUCAUCAAUGCAGCUCAUUUAUUUAACUCACCACUAAAACCUGAGGAACUGAAAGAGUGUGUAGAUCUUUGUGCUCCAGGACCUCAUGCAUUUUUACUUUUGAUAGAGUAUCACAAAUUCACAGAUGAAGACAAGAACCAUCUAGGAUCAUUACUAAACUGCUUCAGUGAACAAGCAAUAAACUAUGCCUUUGUGAUUGGUAUAAAGCAGGAUUCUAAAAAGAGAAAGUCUGGAGGACAGUCAGACGCUUCUAAAAAGUUAAUAGAGGAAUGUGGUCAGAGGUAUCGUAAAUAUAAGCAACUACAGAAAAAUAAGAAGUCACGUGGUCAGAUUUUUCAUGACAUCAGAAAUGUGUUCAAAAAGAAUGGAGGAAAUUGUCUCAUAUGUGAGCGUUCUAAAGAUGUGCAUGAGAAAUUUAUCCAAAGUGAUGAAAACCUUGAGAGAGAGGGAGAGAGGACAACACAAGAUCUUUCUGAUGACACAAAGGAGAAAUCAUCUUUAAUGGGAAGUGUCUUGAAUAAAAUUGUGCGAGAAAGUGAUUCCUCAUUGCCACUGUUGAACUUGGUCUUGUGUGGAAGUGAUGAAGCAUUAAAGACCUCCAUAUCAGAGCUCAUAUUGGGCCAGAGAGACGUGAAGACUGGAAUAGUUGACAGAUAUCGUCUCAGGCUGGAGGUGAUGCCAAGUCUCUACAACACUCAUCUCUCAGAUGAGGAAGUGAUGCAAGAGAUUCUUCGCUGUAUCUCUCUUGAUAAUCCUGUCCACGCUUUUCUUUUCAUCAUUCCUGUUGGUCCUCUCACAGAUGAUGUCAAAGGAGAAAUAGAGAUGAUUCAAAGAAUCUUUGGUUCAAGAGUCUGUGAUCAUAGUUUAGUUCUUUUUACCAGAGAGAAUUUUGAUGAAGCUGCUGCAAGUAAAUUUGUAGAGAAAAGUUCAGAAAUGGAAGAAAUUCAAAACAUGUGUGGGGACAGAUAUAUGAUCUUGGAGAAAGAAAAAAAAAGGAGAUAUAAACAGGUGACAGAACUGAUAGAGAGAGUAACACAUAUGAAGAUAUUCUCUUCAUUUGAAUAUAUUGUCUUCUGGUAAAGUAGGUUCCUGACUUUUGUAUACUAUCUGCUUAACUCACUUUGUUCUAGAGUAGUGUGAUUUGAAUUGUUAUAUUCUAUACCAUUGUUGAUUUUUAUAGUGUUGGUCCUUGUUGUUCUCUCAGCUGAUUAAUCAGGAGUAGUUUCAGUCUACCUUAAGGUGUGAAUUGGGGGCAGGGCUUACCUAUUUAAAUUGAAGGUGAACCAGCCUACUCUUCAGUGUGCUUUAACUCUCUUCAUUUGAAUAUAUUGUCUUCUGGUAAAGUAGGUUCCUGACUUUUGUAUACUAUCUGCUUAACUCACUUUGUUCUAGAGUAGUGUGAUUUGAAUUGUUAUAUUCUAUACCAUUGUUGAUUUUUAUAGUGUUGGUCCUUGUUGUUCUCUCAGCUGAUUAAUCAGGAGUAGUUUCAGUCUACCUUAAGGUGUGAAUUGGGGGCAGGGCUUACCUAUUUAAAUUGAAGGUGAACCAGCCUACUCUUCAGUGUGCUUUAACUCUCUUCAUUUGAAUAUAUUGUCUUCUGGUAAAGUAGGUUCCUGACUUUUGUAUACUAUCUGCUUAACUCACUUUGUUCUAGAGUAGUGUGAUUUGAAUUGUUAUAUUCUAUACCAUUGUUGAUUUUUAUAGUGUUGGUCCUUGUUGUUCUCUCAGCUGAUUAAUCAGGAGUAGUUUCAGUCUACCUUAAGGUGUGAAUUGGGGGCAGGGCUUACCUAUUUAAAUUGAAGGUUCUCCGCUACAGACGCUAGCGUCUGUAGCGGUUUGUAAGUAUCUCUCU